AUGCACGCGGAACGCACCCACGCGCAGCAAUGGACGCUCUCGUCUGCCUCCUCCGCGCGACUCCCGCGCAUUGCCAACCCUCCGCGCCUUUCCGACCCUUCCUCCAUCCCUCUUCCCUUGAAAGACCCGCCCCGCCGGGCUGCCGCCCCGCCGUCCGCGCCGUCUGCCACUUCCGCGCCAUCCGGGGGUUCUUCCGGGAACUCCGCGCCAGCCCCGCAUCCCGUUGCGGCGGAGAGGGGAGUGCGGGAGGUGUACGAGGCGCUGUCUGCGCGCGAGAAGCGCAAGCUGCGCUCCGCGCUGUUCCCCCUACGAGCGCGCGCGGCGGAGUCGGCGAGCGCGGUGUGGCAGGCGAGCUGGGGGGUGGUGGCGCGCCUCGUUGCUGCGGAGUUGGUGAGCGCAGCCCCGCGUGUUCGCGCCUCCCCGCACUUCUCCCCCCCUUCGCGCCCACCACCUGUACCCCCAUCUGUUGGCCCCCACAUCCUUCCCCCCAAUUCUUUCACCCCACUACUUUUCGUCUCUUCCCCUACCUCUCUCUCUCUCCUUCUCCCCACCCCACAUUACUCCCCACCCCACAUUACUUACUCCCCACCCCACAUUACUCCCCACCUCUGCACCACACCACCCGCCUGCUGCCCCGUCACCUCCCCUUGUUCAGCCCCUCCGCACCCCACACCCUCCUCCCCUCCCUCUCCUCCCCUCCCCCUCUUCCUCCCGUCACCCUCUCCGCCUCGCUCCUUCCAGGGUGAACCGGGGGAGGAAGGCGGGGGGGAAGGGGCGGGGGGGCGCAGAGGAGGGGGUUGUGAUGCGGAAACACACAAGAGGGGAGAGGCAAGACGAGUGGAAGAGCAGGGGCAGGUGUUGUGUGUGGUGGAGGUGUUAUCUGAGGGGGUGGUGAGGGCGGGGAGAGGCGCAGUGGCGGCGGGGGAGGUGGAGGAGCUGGUGUGGGCGCCCUUCGUCAAGACCCACCAGGCUCUGCUCUCCCCGGAGCACUGGAGCAGCUUCGUCCCUCUUCUGCUCAAACUGGUGGCGAGGCACGGAGCGCUGCUAUUGGGCAAGCGCAGCAACGGGCGGCUGGUGAAGAACAUGACGCACUGGCUGCUGCACUGCGCUGUCUUUGCUGCCCACGCAGCCGUCAGGGAGAGGGCGCUCGUGGGGCUCCUGCUCCUCAUCGCCGACUCAGUGAGGGAGAGUGGCACAGUCGCUGCCAUCACCGUCUCUCUCACUCUCUCCUCCAUCGACCUCCUCACUCGCCCCUGCACUCCCCUCUACCCGCAUCACUCCCCCUCCUCUAUCCUCCCCAUCUCGCCCCCCUCCCCCGACUACCCCAUCCCCACACAUCAAGCUACAGAGUCCACUCAACUCUCUCACCCCACUCACCCGACUCACCCUGCUCCCUCUGCUCUCAAGCCUCCUCCGGGAUGGAGAGGAGGGGCGCACACAGCACGUGGUGCUGCUGCUGCCUGCGUGGCCCUCACUGCCUCCGACCCCCUCCGCCCUGCUUCUGGUGUCUCCUCUUUCGCCCCCUCCUGGGACCCCUCCUCUCUGCCUUUCUCCUCCCCGCCCUCCUUGCUAUCUGCGCACGCUGCUGCCUGCCCACCUGCCAUGGCGUCUGCUCCUGCUGCACUACCACCUAUGGCCCAAGCCCUGCACCUUGGCUCGCCAGCAGUCUUGGAUCCCGCCGGUAUAGGUCCGGCAGGGCUGCCUGUAGACGAGCCCAGAACAGGUCCGGGGAGACCCAGGAGGUUCGGCAGAGGAGAAACGGAAGCGAGGGGGGAAGGGGGGCUUGACAGUUGGGGAAGGGGGAUAGUCGAGGAGGGGACGGAGGAGGAGGAUAUUAGUGAGAAGUCUUGGAAUGGUGAGCAGGAGGUUAGGCCCGUGAGGAGAGAUGGAGAAGGAGCAGCAGGAGGAGGGGCAGCAAGGUGGGGCGAGCAGCGUGAGUGGGAUAAGGAGCACGAGGAGCGGUUCAGAGCGGUGCUGAGGAUGGUGGGGUCGGGCACGCAGGGCAGGAGGGUGCUGGGGGCGGCAGGGCUGGGCGAGCAGGUGCUGGCGGACCUGGCAAGGCGGUGGCGGUGGGGCGAGGUCAAGGCGCUCUCCGCCGUGCUGCGCCAUGCCGUGGCCGCAUGGCAGGAGCUCGAUGACAUGGCGCAGUCAGCAGUGCAGGACAGGCAGGCGGUGGUGGAGGGGUACCUGCACUGCGCCUCUGCGUGCUCGCACGCGCCCGACCUGCACGUGCUCUUCCUGCUGCGCCUCGCCCUCGCCCACCGCCACCUCGACCCCCUGGGAGGCGCGGCGGAGGCGGGGCAGUGCUGCGUGGCCGCCGCUGCUGUGGCGCUGCAGUACCUGCUCGCCCUCCACCCCCACCCGCCCCGCGAUCACUCCACCACACACUUUGCAUCGGGCGACGAGGCAGUGGUGGCGCCGGGGUUCUUCUCUCGCGCUGGAGGGCAGCGGGGCAGCCACGUGGUGUGGGGGCAGCAGCACGUGGGGGCGCUGGCUCUGGUGUGCCCCGACCUGCCCCUGCUCGCCCCGGGGCUCCUCCGCGCCGCCUCCAACCGAGGCACUGUGACGAGCAAGAGGAGGAGCAAGGGGGGGCAGAAGAGUGGUGGCGGCAGCGGUGGCGGUGGAGAGGAGGAGGAGAGCGUGGUGGUGGUGGUGGCGGGGCGAGUGGCGGGGUACCUGCAUGUCAACCCCCUCUUCAUUGCCUCGCUCCUCGAGGAAGCUUCCUCUCUCUUCGCCUCGGCUGGUCUGCAUUCCUUCGCCCUUCACCUGCAGGAGCUGCUGUUGCCCUUCUGGAAAGCGCACGGAAACUUCUCUGCAGCUUCCCGCUGCCACCGGCGCUUAGCCGCGUCGUACCUGCUGCUGACUGAGAGGCCUGGAGGGGGCGGGGAGGAGGGGUUGAGGGAAGGUGGGUGCCAGCAGUCGUGUGUGCACGGUGCGAGCUUCUUCCUGGUGGCCUUCUAUGGCGAGCGGUUUGGGGCGGGGUUCAACGGACGGCAGUUCGUGUACAAGGAGCCGCGGUGGGUGGGCAGGGCACGGCAGGGUGUGGUGAGGUGGGCAGGGCACGGCACAGCGUGGUGUGGUGAGGUGGGCAGGGCACGGCACAGCGUGGUGUGGGCACGGCACAGCGUGGUGUGGUGUGGUGAGGUGGGCGUGGUGGUGGGCGAGGGAGGCAGGAUGAGAGGCACAUCAGCAGCAGACCUGGUGAGGCGGCUGAGGGGCAUCUACGACCGCAUCCUGGGCAGCAGCACGUCGCUGCGCAUCAUCACAUCGCCCAUACUCACACCCCACCACCUGCGCCACUCGCAGCUGUGCACCGUGCAGGUCGUGCCAGUGUACCCCGCCCCAGUUGACCCUCCCCCAGGCCUGCCUGAGGGGGAGGAGGGGUUGAGAGAGGGCAAGGAGGGCGCGGCCAGGGGCGACCUGGACGAGCUCUUUGGCGCCAGCGCCAGCGGCAGAGGGCCUCUCAGGGCGUUCCAGUUCGGCAUGCCGCCGUCCGCGCUUGCUGCUGCUGCUGCCGCUGCCAUUGAGGGGCUGGUGGAAGGGGGAGGCGAGGGCAGAGCGGGUGGUGGCGCAGGGGGAGAGGAGGGGAUGAGACUGUUGGAAUUGGGAUUUGGGGGCGCUGGGGGGAUGGGCUAUGGCAUGGGCAGCGGCGCAUUGGGGGAUGCUUCCUGCGAGAUUGCGGAUGAUUUCACGAGUGGAAGUGCAUUGGGGCGGGGUGCGGUGUUCCCCGUGUGGCGGCACCGCAUGGUGCUCACGGUGCAUCCGCGCUUCCCCUCGCUGCAGCUGCACCUGCCAGUGGUGGCCACCCACACGGUGGAGGCGUCCCCCCUGGAACUCGUCUUAGAUGAGAGCAUGCAAUGGACCAGGCGCCUCACGCAGCUCGUCGCCACGUGGCGCGCUAAGACUGGCGGUAGCUUGGAGGAGGAUGGGACGAAGAAGGGGGAUGGUGGGAGGAGGAGUGAGAGUGGUGUGCAGGGGUACGAUGUGGAUGAGGAUCAUGUGCUGUGGGGCAUGGGGGGGCGGGGGAGGCGGGGCAGGCGGAGUGGGAGUGGUGGGGGGAGGGGGGAAGGGUGGGGGCGGUGGCGUGUGCUGCUGCAGGUGGCGGCGGCCAGCCUGGAUGCCAUGGACGAGGUGCAGGCACUGCCGCUGCUGCGCUCCCUCAAGGAACGCCCUGCUGGGGGGGGGGGGGGAGGAGGGGGAGGAGGGAGAAGUAAAGGGACAUACAAAGCAGGAGAGGCCUACACAGACACAGGAAGAGGGCUAGAGAGAGGCAAAGGAGCAAAAGGAGGCGGAGAGGGAGGAGGUGCAGGGGAGGGGAGUAGAGGCGGGUGGCGGUGGGCGGAGGGCGUGGCGAGCCAGCAUGUGGUGCGGGCCAUGGGGGAGGUGGUGGCGGCGGCAGAGGCGGCACGGGAGGGCGUGGAGGGCGUGGGGAAGCCGCUGGCGCCGCUGCUGGCGUGGCUGGAAGACGCUGCCCUCGCCACCCCUCCUGAGACCCUUGCUGCCCUCGCCCGCUACGGGCUGCUGGAUGGGGGCACGGGUGGGGACGUGACAGGGGGAGGCGUGGGAGUGUGUUAUGCACGAGGAGAGGAGGGUGAGGAUGAAGGUUCGUCUGCUGCUGCUGCUGCUGCUGCUGCUGUAGAUGGUGCUGCUGGUGGCGAUGCCACUCCCGGCGGCGCUCAUCCCACGCCCAGAGAGCUGGCCCGAGAGAGGGAGCAGCGCAAGGCAGAGCGAGAGAUUGCGGCAGUGGCAGCGCUGGCAGCGGCGGCGGCAGCAGGAGGGGAGGAGGCGGUGCGAGUGGGCAACGCGCUGACGGACUACGUGGAGGCGCUGAGUGCGGUGGUGCAGGCGCAUGAGAGGGAGAUGGGGUGGGGGGACGAGGAGGCACACGAGGAGGUGAAGGCGCGGGCCAAGGGGAUGAUGGAGGAGCUGUACCUCUAUGUGCCUGGCAUCCGGCCCUGGGCCCUGGUGUAA